UUCCUUGCUUUUGUUUGAAGCUCUGUUGUGCUGCUCGCGGAGUUUCAUCUUUCAUCUUACGAUGGCUACCCAACCUUCAAAUCACCCACAAUCCAUUUACGACUUCACUGUGAAAGAUGCAAAGGGAAAUGGUGUCAACCUUAGCAUGUAUAAGGGUAAAGUCUUGCUCAUUGUCAAUGUUGCUUCCAAAUGUGGAAUGACAAAUUCGAAUUAUUUGGAGUUGAACCAAAUAUACGAGAAAUACAAGGAACAAGGUCUGGAUAUUCUGGCAUUUCCAUGUAAUCAGUUUGGCGAUGAGGAACCUGGAAGUAACGAGGAGAUCAAAGACUUCGUCUGCAGUCGUUUCAAAUCAGAAUUUCCAAUUUUUGACAAGAUUGAAGUUAAUGGGAAUAAUGCUGCCCCCCUCUACAAGUUUUUAAAACUGGGGAAAUGGGGCAUAUUUGGGGACGAUAUUCAGUGGAAUUUUGCGAAGUUUCUUGUUAACAAGGAUGGGCAAAUAGUUGAUCGUUAUUACCCCACAACAUCACCCCUCAGCAUUGAGUAUGAUAUCAAGAAGCUGUUGGGGAUCUCAUGAGCUGAAACAUAAAACAUACGUGUUUGAGCAAAAUUCUAGUUCCUAUUUCUGUCUGCAUCAUUUGCUGCCUCCCUGAAAUGACGCUCGAUUGCUGUUGAUCUCACUGCAUACAUAACGGGUUUUAUGCUAGUUGUAUAACAUUGUUGAUCCCUGUGUUGAAAACUCGUAGUGAACGGUUGGCAGGGCUGUAGUUCCAAGUAAGAUUCGCUCAAAUUCUAGUUCCUAUUUAUGUAUGCAUCAUUUGCAGCCUCCCUGAAAUGACGCUCAAUGGCUGUUGAUCUCGCUGCAUACAUAACGAGUUUUAUGCUAGUUGUAUAACAUUGUUGAUCCCUCA